AUGGGUGACGAUGGCAGGGUCGGCGCAAGCCAAUCGCCGUGGACCCCAACACGACUUCCUUCGCUGUCAAGCCAGGGCAGAUCUUCCCGCCCAUUGCACUACCAACACACCUACCUCCACCGCAUGCGACGCCGAUGACCCCGCAAGCACCGUUCUCGCCGACCAUGCGCCAGGCGUACGUGAACAACCACAUGGUCCCCGGCGCCGCACGUCCUGAGCCGCCUCCGCCGGUGUUCUCGCCGACCCCAAGUGAGAUGGCGCGCCAGCACAGCGAACGGGACCUCCGUCGCAAGAGGCGUCAGCGUGAAAAGGAAGAGAUGGCCAUGAACGGACCAAAUUUGAGUGGCGUGGGUACGGCGUACGCGAGUACGCUCUCCGAGGGUCAUUCCAUGAGCGGCAGCUCGGGCUUUGCGAGCUCGGCUUCUGGGCAUGGUUCGACGCAUCGCUCCGGUGGACAAGCGCAGGCUGUACCCGUACCGAUGCAGAUGCAGCGCGAACAGCACAUGCAUCAGCACCAACAACACCAGCACAACAUCCCGCACCGUCCCUACCCCAACCCGGUCCAGCCGCAGUCUGGCGUCCCGCCCGAGCAGCAACUCAAGCCGCAGAGCAGCCGGAGCACGCUCUCGCGCUCGCGGUCUACACCAAACUCGGCGCCGUCCAACGGCUCGUCUCAGCCGUACCCGCAGCAAGGCCUCUCGAACGAGCCGCCACCGACGCCCGACAUCCAGCUGCCUCCCGCUCCCGCUCCCCAGUCCGCAAAUUCGAUCCCGCCGCCGUCCGCGUCGAUGCACGGCGGCGGUGCACCGAGCAUGCACUCGAGCAUGACCGGCCGGAGCCAGAUGCCGCCGAGCAACCGGUACGUGCCCAGGCAGCUCGUGAUGCCGACGCCGCUGCAGCCGAUGCAGCCGCUUCCGGGCCAGGCACCCGCGCCGCCACCACCGGCACCGGCAGCACAACAGACUGCGCCGCGCGGCGCGCCGGUCGGGUACGCGGGGAGUGGGAGCGCAUCCGGCGCGCCGCUGAAGCACCGGCAGACGGUGCCUGUGCGCGGCGCGAAGCCGCAGGCGCAGGAGAUCCCGAUGAGCCAGGGCAAGAACGUGCUGCGGAAGCACAAGGAGAACGGGCGGGAGAAUAAUGCGCGCGAGAACGGGCGGGAGCCGGAGCGGGUCGUGCGCUCGAGGAGCUCGCGCGCGGACGUGAGCACGGGCAGCGGUGCGUCGUCGCUCGGCCGCGAGAGCCGCAGGGCCGCUGCUGCUGCUGCUGCUGCUGCUGAGGGCGGGGCGACGGCGGUGUGGGAGGGCCGGGUUGUUGUCGUGCCUGAGGAGAAGAAGAAGAGCGGCGGCGGCCUCGGGUCGUUGUUCAGCUUCAGCACGAGCACGAGCAGGGAGAAGGAGCGGGAGAGGGAGAGGGAGAAGGAGAAGGAGCGGGCCCUUGCGGAGAGGGCGCGCGAGAAGGAGAGGGAGAGGGAACGGGAGAGGGAGGGGCAGAAGAAGAAGCUGAGCAAGGCCAAGCGGUGAGAGGUAGACCAGGCGCAGGCCGUCGUCUCGAUCCCUCCUCCCCCUCUCCGGCUUGUGGGAACGCCACAAUGCGCUAUUUCUGGCCUUGGCUAUUCUCGUCCGCUCACUCCGAAACUCAGGCGGAUCGCGAGACUUUCUAUGACCUCAUGGCUUCAUGACCGGUGGCGGCGGCUCGCUCGUCCGUCCGUCCACACACCCGUGUUCAAGAUCACAACAG